UCGUUGUUAGUGUUGCUAGAUUAAUAAACUAAUAGUAAUAUCUUACCAAAACUUAACUGGAUUGAAGUUAUUUAAAUUCAUAAUUUGAAAAGUUUUCAUUUAGAAUUUGAUUUUUUCACCAUGGGAGUUUUACAUAGAGUAAAAAAACCACAAACUCGUAAAGGAAAGCUUUAUUUAGAAAAUAAAGAACCCAAAGUUCAAGAAAAUGCAAAAACUGCAAUAUUUGUCAGAGGGUCCACUGCAAGUGAAGUAGUCUUGAAAGCCAUGAAAGAUUUUUGCUCACUGAAGAAACCACAUGGAGUUUUUUUCAACAGGAAAAAUGAAACAAGACCAUUUGAAGACCCAUUAUCAUUGGAGUUUUUCUCUAAGAAAAAUGAUGCAUCAUUAUUCAUGUUUGGGUCACACAACAAGAAGAGGCCACAUAAUCUCAUUAUUGGAAGGAUGUAUGACUAUCAUGUUUUGGAUAUGUUGGAGUUAGGAGUUGAAAGUUUCCAGCCUUUAGCUGAAUUUGAGGGUCCAAAAAUUCCUGUAGGAACCAAACCAGUCUUGUUGUUUGCAGGAGAAACUUUUGAAACUGAGCCAGAUUAUCAAAGACUGAAAAACUUAUUUUUAGAUUUUUUUCGAGGACAAGAGAUCAGCCGUGUUCGUUUGCAAGGCUUAGAACAUGUGAUAAUAUUCAUUGCUGUUGAAGACAUGAUUUACUGGCGUAAUUAUAGAAUAUUAAUGAAAAAAUCAGGUACAAAGAUCCCACGAAUUGAGCUUGUAGAAAUGGGACCUCGUAUGAAUCUUUCUGUUAGACGCACUAAACUUGCAUCAGAAGACAUGUUCAAGUUAGCAAAGAAACAACCGUCAGUUCUCAAGCCAAAGAAAAAGAAAAAUGUCAAACAAACUGCCUUAGGAUCCACAGUGGGAAGGAUUCAUAUGAAGAGACAAGAUUUCGGUAAACUUCAAACCAGAAAAAUUAAAAGUCUCAAGAAAACUAAACCUGAGCAGACAAAGUUUGGAAAGAAUUCCAAAAGUUUAGCACCAGUAUCUAAUUAUGCCAAAGAUGCUAAAUUUUCUAGAAUUCUUCAUGCAAGAUAAAUACUAUUGUUGUAAAUGUGUAAAAUUUAUGGUACUCUAUUCUUAACAAAUAGUAUAUAUGGUUGAAGCCAUCAAUAAAGGUUUUGAUGUAUAGUGUACUGACAUCCUAUUA